AUGUUGCCCCCAAAAGCCAAAUUCGUCCGCGAAAUCGAGCGCGGCAGCACCAACAAUCGCACGCGCAAACCCACAUCCACGACCCCAUCCCCCGCACUCUCACAUCCCAAAUGCACAUUCACGGCCCCCUCACCACCAGACAUGACCUACUUUGCCCGCAUCCUCCGCUACCAACGCUACGGACGCGACGGCCUCGGGCCCGCGUACGCAAGCGACCUCACGCUGCCGGUGUACGAAAAGUACAAGUCGCCCUACCAGGUCACCUACACGGAGCGCCCGGGCUCGCCGCGGGGCUCGGCGCAGAGUGACCAGCUGCCCUUUGACGUUGCUGGCUAUCGUAGGGCUCUCGUGGCUGCCACGGUGAAGAGGCGGCAGUGGUGUACGUUUGUGGCGGUUGUUCUUGCGCUGCUGAUUCUCAUAUUUGGAGCCGGUGUUUUGGCGUUUGUUAUGGUGUCGGUUCGGUUGAAAUGA